AUUUUGGGUUCAGUGGGGAGUAAGAUUAAAGGGACUCUCGGUGAAUCUUUCUCUGUGCCAAACCCUAACUCUGCUCACUCCGCAGCCAGCCACAGCUCCUGCCUCCUCAGGACAGUGUCCUUGUUCGUCGUUUUCAACCAUUUCUUUGGCAAAGUAUGCUUUUAUGAUCCACCCUGCUUCGCAACUGGGAUCUGCGGAGGAUAGAGUGCUUGUGUUCUUUGGAUUCAAUGCCUUCAACUCUAGAGAUUCCAACCUCAACCUCCUGAUUUAGCCUUGUAUGUGCUUUCAGUGACAGAAACAAUCUGGUGUUGUGAUGGAUUCCCAUCGGCAGACAUUCUCGAUUAAAUUGUGGCCGCCUAGUGCAAACACACGCCAAAUGCUUGUUGAACGCAUGACUAACAACCUUUCCUCCAAGACGAUUUUCACCCAAAAGUACGGUAGCUUGACCAAGGAGGAGGCUCUGGAGAAUGCUAAGAGGAUCGAGGACGUUGCUUUCUCCACCGCAAACCAGCACUAUGAGAAGGAACCCGAUGGUGAUGGUGCUUCGGCUGUGCAGCUUUAUGCCAAGGAAUGCAGCAAGCUUAUUUUGGAAGUACUCAAGAAAGGGCCCGUGGAUAAGGCCGCCACGAGAGAAACAUCAGUACCCGAAGAACCUGCUCUGCCCCGUGAGACGGUUUUUGAUAUAUCCAAAGGGCAGCGGGCUUUUAUCGAGGCAGAGGAGGCAGAGGAGCUUCUUAAACCAUUGAAGGAACCUGGCAAUGCUUACAAUAAAAUUUGCUUUAGCAAUCGAAGUUUUGGCAUUGGAGCCGCCCGUGUUGCUGAGCCUAUAUUGACGUCUCUCAAAGAUCAGAUAAAGGAAGUUGACUUGUCGGAUUUUAUUGCUGGACGGCGUGAGGCCGAAGCUCUUGAUGUUAUGACCAUUUUUUCGGAGGCGUUGCAAGGUAGUGUUCUCAGGUCUCUUAACCUCUCAGACAAUGCCAUGGGUGAGAAGGGUGUCCGAGCAUUUGAAUCGCUCUUGAAAUCCCAGAGCUGUCUGGAAGAUCUGUAUUUGAUGAACGGUGGUAUCUCUGAGGAGGCUGCCCGAGCAGUCUGUGAGUUGAUUCCUUCAACAGAGAAGAUGAGGGUCCUCCAGUUUCACAAUAACAUGACCGGAGACGAAGGGGCAGUUGCCAUUGCUGAGGUCGUCAAGCGUUCUCCACUGCUGGAGAAUUUCCGUUGCUCAUCCACUAGGAUAGAUCUGGAAGGAGGAAUUGCUUUGUCAGAAGCACUUAAGACUUGUACCCAUAUGAAGAAACUUGAUCUGCGAGAUAAUAUGUUUGGUGCGGAAGCCGGGGUUUCCCUGAGCAAAGCUCUUUCGAGUUUUGGAAGCUUGACUGAGGUUUACCUGAGCUAUCUUAAUCUAGAGGACAAGGGAGCCAUUGCCAUAGCUAACGCUCUCGGGUUGUCUGCUCCUUCCCUCGAAGUCAUAGAGAUGGCAGGAAACGACAUAACAGUUGAGGCUGCUCCGGCUAUUGCUUCUUGCGUGGUGGCAAAGCAACGUCUAAACAGGUUGAUAUUGGCUGAGAACGAGCUGAAGGAUGAGGGUUGUGUUCAGAUUGCAAGGAGUUUGGAAGAGGGCCAUUCGGAAUUGCAGUACGUAGAUAUGAGCAGCAACUACAUAAGGAGAGUCGGUGCACGGGUCUUGGCUAGUGUUGUUGUCAAGAAAGAAGCUUUCAAGCUGUUGAACAUUGAUGGGAAUAUCAUCUCCGAUGAAGGAAUAGAGGAAAUUAAAGAGAUGUUCAAGAAAUCUCCGGAUUUACUUGGACCUUUGGAUGAGAACGAUCCCGAAGGAGGAGAAGAUGAAGGUGAAGAAGAAGAAGAUGAAGGCAAAGACUUGGCCGAAAAUGAAGCAAACGAGGACGAGUUGGAAUCGAAGCUGAAGAACCUUGAAGUUAAUCAAGAUGAAUAAGUAGUCUAUGCCUCGGCAACUUUUUGUUUUUCUUUGCUCUGAAUGAGGUUUCUUUGAUGUGAAAAACCGAAAAGACGGAGACGAGACUUAAGUAUUGGUUCUGAGGAUAUGUUCUUCAAUCAGUUGUACACCCUUUUUCUUGUAAACCAUCUUCAUGGGA